AUGAAGACGGCCGCCAUCCUCGCGACGCUCGGCGUUGCUUCGUGCGCUGUUGCCGAUGACGUUCUCUACAGCAAACGCCAUCUCUCCAAGCGCUUCAUCGACAAUGAUGGCAACUACAACAUGACCUUCAUCCACGUCAAUGAUAUCCACGCACAUCUGGACCAGUUCGCCAGUUCCGGCUCCGACUGCAAGGAUCCCACCAGGGGCUGCUACGGUGGUUACGCGCGCAUCAAGACCAAGGUCGAGGAGCUCCGCGAGACCUUCCCCGACCACCUGCUCCUCAAUGCCGGUGACGAGUUCCAGGGCACCCUCUUCUUCUCCUACUACGGCGGCGAGAAGAUUGCCGAGACGGUCAACGACCUCAACUUUGACGUCAUGACCCUCGGCAACCACGAGUGGGACAAGGGCGAUGAGGAGCUCGGCAAGUUUCUCAACAACCUGACCUUUCCCAUCGUGUCCUGCAACGUCAGGUCUGAGUACGAGGCCCUCAACAAGACGGUCAAGAACUACCACAUCUUUGACCAGCACAAGCUCGCUGUCAUCGGUGCCACGACCGAGACGACCAAGGGCAUCUCCAACGUCGGCACUGGAACCCACUUCCUCGACGUCACCACCGAGGUCCAGAAGGCCAUCUGGGAGAUCCGCAACACGACCGACGUCCGCCGCAUCGUCGCCCUCACCCACAUUGGCUACGAAGAGGACCAAAAGCUGGCGCAAAACACCGAGGGCCUCUCCCUCAUCAUUGGCGGUCAUAGCCACACUCUCGUCGGCGACAUGCCCGGCGCCGCUGGAAAGUAUCCUACCAUCAUCAAGGACCAGUCCGGCAAGGAGGUGUUUGUCGUCACCUCGUACCGCUGGGGCGAGUACCUCGGCUCCAUUGACCUGACUUUUGACAAGGAAGGCCGUGCGCUGUCCUAUCACGGCGCACCCAUCCACAUGACCAACACGACCAAGCUCGAAAAGUCGCUGCAGGACAAGGUUGAGGCCUGGCGCAAGCCCUUUGAGGAGUUUUCCAACCAAGUCAUUGGCACGACCAAGAACGAACUCGACCAAACUACCUGCCAAAAAGGAGAUUGCCUUCUCGGUCAGGUCAUGGUCGAUGCCAUGCUCGACUACCGCCGCAACCUCUCCAAGAAUGCCGGCGAGGAGCUGGCCGACUUUGCUUUCAUGAACGCCGGCGGCGUCCGCGCCACCAUCGCCGCCGGCAACAUCACCCGCGGCCAGGUCGUCACCUCCUUCCCCUUUGGCAACGCUGUCGUGCAGCUCAACUACUCUGGCAAGGAUCUGCGCAAGCUGAUUGAGGGCUGGGUCUCGCGCGAGAACCAGUUCAGCAAGAAGAAGACGUCGUCGUGGUUCCAAGUCUCCAAGGACAUCAAGAUUGAGUACAAUCCGGACAACGAGGUGGGCAGCAAGCUCAUUGGCGUCAGGAUUGGCGGUAAGCGGCUAGACGAGAACCGCACCGACUACCGCCUGGUGACUCUUGACUUUGUUGCCCGCGGCGGCGACAACCUGCUGGAGCCGAGGACCGAUUUUGCGGCCCUCGACGCCGACUCGGACGUUUUUGCGGCCUACGUCAAGGCCAACACGCCUCUGACCAACGAGCUCCAGGCGCGCGUGGUCACGACGGAUAGGAAGACGCCGCGACCACCUUGCAAGCCGCGGAAGGUGUAA